AUGGAACUCUUCGAAAGCGAAAUACGCGCCGACAUCCUGACGAGACAACACCUCGACGCGUUCAGCAAAUGGACUUUCGUUCGCAUUGUUCAACGCAGCAAAGAGAGUGAAGGCUUGUUCUUGUUCCAUCGUACGAAUCGACUGCUUGGAGCACAUCCAUCGUUGCCACGCGAGAUCACGAAGAUUGCCGAGAUACUGUCCAAAGAGAGCGGAGAUGAUACGAAUGCUCGCAGGCAGAGGUAUACCGAGCGCCUCUGUUCCACCGUGGAUACCUGGCUCCAGUGCUCCGAAUGCUUCGACCUCCUGAAAUACCUUAAGGGAGGACUCGGCUCUGUAUGGUGUCAUGGAAAGAUUUUCUCAUCUCCUCCUUUUCCGACGAAUCCUAAUUGUCCAUACGGCUACACAACGAAGAAAUUUAGUAUACUCGAGACACUGUCGGCAGCGGCGGUGAUCGAUGAUCGGAAGGCUUGGGCCAGUUUACUCCCGACAUACUCUUGGAAACCCCACAACGGAGCGUUCAGGCACACCUUGCAUAAAUUUAAAGCUAGCCAGCUCGAUGCAUAUCACGGGACGAACAAUUUCCCGCUUGUCGUAGCGGCGAAGCUCGGCCGAAAAGAAAUUCUUGACGCGACGGUUGCAUACGUCCGGCCCCUGGAUAAGACGGAAAAGAAAGCCUGCUAUAUCAUAUCCGGCAAGCAGCUCAGGGACGCCAUGCUAGAAGCAAUGGAUUCCCAUCAGCACAGCUGUAUGGAGAGCAUAUCGGCGCUCUGUCAAUUGAAAGAUAUGUUCCCACCGCACGCAGUGUUUGAUAAUUGGCUGUCCUCCGCAGCGAGAAAAGGGGAUUUUCGGGCUCUGGAGGUCAUCCUGACAGGACAGGUCCCACCGACGCUGCGGGUAGGACGCGACGCGUUCCAGGACGUAUGCGAUCUUGGCGAUUCUGAGAUAUUGAAGUGCCUGAUCCGGAAGAAGCUCGUGAACUUGGACAAACCGCUUAAGUCAUACUACCUUUACACAGAGCCCGGAAUGCCACAGAAGACCCUCUACACCAACCCAUUCAACGUGGGUAUACAGUGCGGACAUCGAAACAUCUUGGAGACUCUCUUGGAUUACCAACGCGACUACGCAUUAUUGAACAACCGAGCACUGGAAGCCAAGGACCGGGAUCCGCUCCUUACAGCAAUCAAACGUCGCGAUACAGAAGCCAUUGAACUCUUGAUUGAGCGAAGAGAAGUCGCUCCUACCAAGCUUUCACCGGAAGAGCUAAAGAGUUACCUGCACGAGGCACUACGCACGAAGAUACAGAGAGUGUAUGAUCCUAUCCGCGAAUACGUUAUUGGCUGCGGAGUGAUGGCUAAACCGUACCUUGAGGCACGGCGCACAGGCUCGCCAGUCUACGACGAAUAA